GCUGCCGUGCUGGUUCGCGCUGCGGCUGUUCGGCUCCUCCAUGGGCAGCUUCGAGCGCGGCGCCUGCCACGGGCUCAUCCCCGUGACGCUGCUGCUGUCGGCGUUUGGGUUUGUGUGCUCAGUCAGCACGCUCAUUCGCCAGAUCCGGGAGGGCGGCUCCGCAUUUGGCCCCCCGGUCUGA